AUGGUGCAAAAAUAUCUUGUUUUCAUGGUGCAGGUGCAUCUCAACUUUAGACUGGCAGAACUGGACUCUUUGGCCGACUUGCACGGCAUAAAAACAGUGGACUUCACGCAGUACCAGCGAGACUCGCCCUUCUUCAUUGUGGAGCUUGAAAACGACGAACAAGCCAGAAAAUGGAUCUCCAGGUCCAUUUUAACCCGUGCCAUCUAUGAGUACUGGGGCCAGGGCGAAAACUACAACCAGCUGCAUGAAAGCGUGCAGCAAAACCCUCGAUUCCCACAGUUUCUGCAGGAAUAUCGCAACACGUCUUUUAAGUUCGAAUUCGACAGUUUCGGUGGCAGCUCGUCCGGGAAAGUCAACCGAGUAGCGUGUAUCGAGUCGUUCAAAUAUCUGGACUUCCAAGGCCCUAUCCGCAUGAAAAAUCCAGAACAGAUAUUUACAGUCAUCGAAGAGUACGAGCCCCUGAACGACAACCAGGCUGGCGAAACGCCGUUGCGCCUAUUUUUCGGCCGCGAAGUCCAGCGCAGUGACCGACUCCGAGGUGCGCUAGAGAAAUACGACUUGAAAAAGAGACCUUACAAAGGCACCACCAGUUUCGAGGCCGAACUGUCGCUGGUCAGUGCCAAUAUUGCACAGGUAAAACCGGGCACUGUGAUGUACGAUCCGUUCGCGGGAACCGGCUCUUUUCUCACUGCAGGCGGCCAUUACCAAGCCAUAGUCAUCGGCUCUGAUAUCGACGGGCGUAUGAUCAGAGGGAAAGGAACCCAAACGAUCAAAGCCAAUUUCAAAAAGUACAACGAUUCCUUGCAGUUUUUGGACGUGCUCACAAUGGACUUCACCCACAAUGCCCUCAGAAGCGAUCUGUUGAUAGACACCAUAUUGUGCGAUCCCCCAUACGGAAUUCGUGAGAGCAUCAAAGUGCUAGGUGCUAAAGACCCCGAGCGUUUUGUAGGCAAGGAAAACGUCGAAAUAAACGGUCAGAAGGCGUACCUGAUGCGCGAUUACAUUCCUACGAAAAAGCCAUACUCUCUCGAUGCGCUUCUGGAUGAUCUGUUGCAUUUUGCCGCAGAACGACUGCCUUCUAACGGAAGACUUGCAUUUUGGAUGCCGGUGGCCAAUGAUGAAAAUAUCGAAACAAUCAUACCGCUGCAUGCGAAUCUUGAGCUCAAAUACAACUGCGUACAGGAGUUCAACAAGUGGUCCAGACGUCUCUUAGUGUAUAUCAACAGAGGCUCCGAUUUCAAUGGUCCACAAAACGUUGGCCUGGAGCGGUCGAAGGAAAGGUUUCGUGACCGGUACUUCAAUGGAUUCAAUUAA